UGAAGCUUCAGUGUGCGAGUACGCGCUCGUAUGGAUCUCGCGAUGUUUGUAUUAAUAUCAGUGACAACUCGUGUUUGCGCCAUAAAGCUGCUGAAAGUGUGAAGGACAUUUCAAACAUUUGUGAAGCUGACGUGGUGGUCUGAUAAUAUAUUCUCAAGACUCUUUUGUUUGGAGUGGGAUUGAAUUGAACUUGGUCCAUUGUUGUUGCGUGAGAAACUCAACUUGGCAUUGGAGCUCCCGGGAUCCAAAGGUUGGAGACACAAAGUGUUUGCUGAUAUUUACGGCUGGACCCUGUUGCACAUCUUGGCUUAAAAUGGCGAUGAGUCCGACAUGCUGGAAAGUGUUUUCGUCCUGACUUCUUUCCUGGAUAUACACAGCUUGAGAAAAGGUUGACCUAUUGUUUGCGGACAAAAGACUUUGGUUAUUUUGUUUUCUGUGUCAGAGUUCGAAAAAUCUUCAUCAUGCCUAUUCUGAAACAGCUCGUGUCCACGUCCUCCCAGUCGAAGCGACGGUCUCGCGCCGACCUCACUGCUGAGAUGAUCAGCGCACCUCUGGGAGAUUUCCGUCACACUAUGCAUGUGGGUCGAGGGGGUGAUGCGUUUGGCGACACCACCUUUCUUAGCACCCGCACCGGAGAGCCACCCCGGGAACCUGAGGUUCAGGAGAACUCGCCCAAACAGAGCCUACUGUCCAGAACGUUUAGGAGCAGCAAGCGCUCGCAAUCCGUCAAUCGCGACAAACCUGACAAAUCCAAACUUGCGCCUCCCGGUGGCUCGCCAAGCUAUGUAAAAAACGCCAUUUCGUUGCCUUAUCUAAAUGAUGACCAUGUUGAUCGAAGUGCUGGAUUCAACUUUCCCAAGAGCGUGUCCUCCAGUCCCUUAAAGCAACUUCCAGAAGACAAUAUAAAGCCACUUAACGGUGCUACAGCGUCCCUUGCUUCAGACCUCGAGCUGGACGAAAAGAGCUUCGGUGAGCUGACCGACCUGCGUCCGUCGGUUCCCUACACCGGAGGCAUGAAGCACGCAGAGUCCAUAAUGUCUUUCCACAUCGAUCUGGGUCCAUCCAUGCUGGGAGACAUUCUGAGCGUCAUGGAGAAAAAGGGUUGGAACGACGACGACCUCGGCUUUGAAGAGGGAAAAAGUAGCGAGGGGCGCAGCUCACCUCCCCAGAGCCCUCCCAACGAAGUGGAGGAAGAGGAACCACUUCCUCCGAGUCGUCCUCCUCGUCUAAUACCCGGCACCAACCCCUACACUCCCGAGAUCCUUACCAGGAACCAUCAACAUCUAGACAGCUGUUCCGUGUCCAGUUCGGGGUCUACCGUGAUGGAGGACAAACCUCACAAUCAUCUUUAUGAGGAUAACAUGGUGAAGUACAGCUCGCCUAGAGAUCAAGACGACAGGGACUUCUCGUACAUGGACGACGAUGAGGAGGACGAGGAGAUUAGGGUGUAAAGUAAACCACGCGGUGCCAGACGGUCUGUGCAGAGAUCAAAAAACAAGCGGAUGCGGACUUUUUCAAUUGGUGGAUGUACAAGCUAGCACAAGGACUGUUUUUAUUACGGAGAUGAAAGGGAAGACGCGCAUUUUAGCCCUAGCUAGCCUAAAACUCUCUCUGUUCAUUUUUUUCAACUGCACGUUCUAUUUCAGGUACACAAACUCUUUGUUACUAGUGACUUUCACCAGAGCGGCCACAGCUGUGAGAAGAAUGUGCUUGCGUGUUUGUUUGUGUGUGAGCCGUGGGAUAGGAAUUCCAUUUAAAAUGGCCAUUUUUGUCCCGCGAGUAUCAUUAAUGAAUUCCAGUGUUGACCACUGAGAGUGCUGAUACGAGCGGUAUGUGUGGAACCAAACCUUGUAUUCUCAAAUGAUCAUCAGACGCCUUUGCUUUUUGCCCGUGGAAGAUGCUUCUUAACUAACACCAACAGUCUUAAGUCUUUUUACAGUUGUUGUUUCAUCACUACAGGGUUUAUAGCUCACCCAAAAAUUACAUUUCCAUCUUUACACCCACCGCAUUGUUCUAAACGUGUAUUUUUGUAGUGGAACACAAGGACAGAAAAUAUGUUAGCCACUAAUUCUGUCGAACAUCUCCUUUGUAAAGUCAUGCAGAUUUGGAAAUUUCGAGAAUUAAUUUUUUGGGUGAACUAUCCCUUUAAAUUAGUAAAGUUCAUUAAACAUUUGUCAUUUACACAACCUUGUAUUGAUGUGAAUGAUUUGAAUACCAUCAAUUUGAAGGACCUCUCUGUCACGUGUUACCUUCAUUCCCUUUUAUUGUUUAUGUUGUAGGUCUGGAUUUUGUCAUGUGCUUUGUGUCAGAGGAUUUCCUGUGAGGUCACAUGAAAUGCAUGGUCAUGGAGAUGUGUAGAGGGUCAGAUUAAGGUGAUGUUUAAAACUAAAAGGAACAGUGAUGUCGGAUUAUUAUUAUGCAGCAGAAACAAUGAGCGGAUUAAGACUUGUUGGAUUGAAUGGUUUCGUGGCAGUGUUGUGUUUGAGAGCGAGUGAAACAGAUUGUCAAGAGGUUUGUGUAGAAGUGUUAUUUGAGUAUUGUUAUGUAGGCUCAGAGAUAUAAAAGUAUUGCUCUUCUCUUUAGAAUCUAACAUAGUGGGAUUAUCUUCAAACAGUUCUCAUCUGCAGAAGUGGUUUUCGAGGGGUUUCAUCUCUGGAAAAACUCUUGAAGGUCUUUGUAAAUUGGCAGAAUUUGGUUUUGAAAAGAGAUCAACACCCUGUGGUGAGGAACCAAUAGCCACUUGAAGAGUUAGUGACAACCAAGAUUUAUUUUUAAGUAAAGAUGAUAAUAAUUCAUCCAUUUACUCAUCAAUUCUACAAUGGAUUUGUACUGCUCUUUAAAGCUGCAGUAUGUCAUUUCGGCUCCACCCGGUGGGACCAAAUGCAAUUGCAAUCUGAUUUCUAAUACCUUCCAGGUACCGGAUCUGCAGUGAGGGGAGGGGCUACCUGUUCAACCAAACAAUAGCAGGGUGAAUGUCGGAAACGUGAAUUAUUUGAAGUAUGAUGUUUGGUUGUGUUAAUGGUGCAGAAAUGACACCAUUCACCCGUAGUUAAAGUCUUUAAUAAACCUUCUCAAACUACCAAAGUAAACUAGAUUAGUAUGCUUUCAUGUCAGCGGACAUGUGCACUUGGGAAAUGGAUUUUCAAUCACAGACUCAGUUUUGGGAAGCAAUCCACUUAUACUGUAUAUGUACAUCAUGUUCAGUUAUUCAUUUACUGUAUAUUUUCAUCUUUUAGUCACGAUUAUUGUUCAGUCAAAUGUGUCGGUCCUGUAAUCUGGCAUUACAAGCACACUAGGAGCUUCAGCUCAAAUUAGAGACGACCAUUGUCUAAAAUGAGUUCUAUUCCUACCUAGUGAGUUUUGUAUGGUACUGUUACACAUCUUAGACUUUAACUUUCAUUGCACAUUUGCAUUGGACUCUCUGUGGCCUUAUAUGGUAACGUGGUGGUCUCAGAAGAAAGACUGCAAGCACUACAGCUUACUAUAACCCAUCUGUUUCAGUGUUUUUACUGGUUUGGGAAAUCAGCAUGUUUGUACAAAGGGAACGGUUACGGUACAGUUGAGAAAUAUCGACUUGAGUUUCUUAGUGUUUUUGAAUGGUUGGAUAUAGUAGUUUGAAAGAGGACGUGUGGCCUACAAGGAACGUGUGUUGCCUUAUAUCCAGUUGAAAUUCUGCAUCGUGCCAUUUUGUCUGAGAGUAGACCAGUUUGCACAGAAUACAGAAAUGUGCCAAUUCUUUUCUUUGUUGCCCUUUUAAUUUUGUUACUUUUAUGGGUUAAGGAAGUGGUCUCGGAGAUAUCAUGCUGCACGCGAGGCUGUUGAAGAUGGCCAGAAGCCCGGAUUUGUGUUUGUGGAGAUUGAAAAGAGCUGGAGAGCUUGACUGUAACAGGGUUUGUUAGAGAGGACAGUAGCUCCCUCUACAGGUUCUUUUUUCGGAGUAGUCUUUAUUCAAGUCAUAGAAUGCGUUACUAAAGUCUAUGCAUUUACAGGGAUACAAUUGUACCAUCCUUAUUGAGUUUUGUACAGGUUUUCUUUAUUCUAAAAACCACAGUAGUAUAAUAAUUUAUCAAAUCUGUAAUAGUAGAAGUCCUACAGAAAAGGCUAAAAACACUAAAGCUUCAGUAUAAAACAAUCUCUUUAAUGACAUUUUUGUCUGUAUUAUUUUGUUCUGAUAUAAUAUACAUAAUGCUCUGUGUCACCUUUCCCUGCUAAGUAACAGUUAUAUUUUUCAAUAAAACUGACAAA